UGCAGGUGAACCUUCGCACAGGCAUGUGGCAACUUUCUGUAUUCGUUUUGUAAUACCUGUAGCUUACCUCUUUGACUGCUCUGCAUCAUUAUGGCUCACAGAAGUUCUAAUUAUUAUCGAUCAAAGUCUCUGAAUGCCCAAUGGGAGGAUCUAAGCCGCUCAGUAAGUUAUGUUCUGAACGAGCACGAGGAACCGAUUCCAAAGGCGGAAAGAGUUCGGCAGAUUACGAAGGCGCAUUGGGUGAAUAGUUUAGAACGUACUCACUGUGCCGAUGGAAGCUGUCGGAAGAAAUUUACGUUAACGGAAAGGAAGCAUCACUGCAGAAGGUGUGGUGAGGUAUUUUGUGGCGAGUGCUCUCAAUACAGGCGUCGCUUGUCAGUCUUUGCAACUCUAGAUCCAGAUGGAAUCAGCUACAGAGUGUGUAAAAGCUGUUUUGAUGAUGUUGGACCGCAGACAGAUGGAGCUUUCUGCUCAUUAUGGAAAGAAUUUAACCAUGUCCGAAACCUUGUGAAAUCAAAGAAAAAUAACAAUGAUCAUAAAGUUGGACCUGGCCACUCUUUGAGGGAUAUCAAAGAAGAGUUACAAAGACUUGUGGAUGGUUUUGCAAAGCACAUUGGCCAAUCGAAGUUAAAGUCCUUUGUGACUGAAGCUUUCAGCUUUUUGAAGAUCCCAGAUUGGCAAAGAUCAAAACAUUGGAUGCAAAGCUCGUCAAGGAACUACUGUACAUUGUGUAAUAAAACGUUUUCAGUAACAGAGACAAAGUCCCACUGCAAGGUGUGCGGGUCAAUAAUAUGUUCAUUUUGUUCUCAAGAAACUCUUAUCCUGUAUCCUGCUGGUGAAUCCGCCGUCGUUCAGUGGUCCCUCAUCAACAUUAUCGGUUCCCCUGAUAAAGAACCAGCCGGCUGUUUGUAUCUGCGAGUCUGUAACGCUUGUCAUAGCGAAGCCGCAGAAUUGCAGGGAAAUACUGUUCUCGAUGGACCCACUGUCGGGUCAAUAUUAGAUGAUAUAGUCUAAAUCAACUCAACUCUUACACGACUUCAAGAAAAAAUAAACGAGGUGCUGCCCAAGUAUGGGUUACUUGUAGACGCUGUUGAGGCAAAGAGGGAUUUGAAAGGAUUGGUGCCUGUUGAGAGCAGUGCAACGCAGACACUCGCCAAAUACCAUUUGGAUUUAUCAGAUUUAUUUACGCAAUUUGCAGUCGAUAUACAAGGCCUGCGACGACUUAAACCGCAAACUAACACACAAUUGAAGCUCGCGAAGAAUUUAACCAGCAGUAUGUUUAAUUUUUACAAUGAUAACUUUUCAGUUUUUCGGGAGAGCAAGAAACGUUUGUUUGAAAUACUUCCAAAGGAAAUAUUGGAAAAAGUUCAAGGUAUUGUUGAUCAAAAUGCCAUCAACAACUCGUACAUCUAUGUUAAACAGCUCGGUCUCGAAGCUUUGUUAUUGUCAGACAGACAUCAGUUCGACAACCAAGUUGCCGUAUUCCUGGCAGACUGCGAGAACGUUUGCCUCGAAGAUUUGAGGAGACAAAUUGAGGCAUGUCAAGGGGAUUGGGAACAACACCAGAAGCUUCUCCGUGAGCUGCUUCGAAGCAACGUCAAGGAACAUCGCCUAAUCAUUCCUUCCAAGCGACGCACUGCGGCACGAGGUGCUAGUUAUGUUGAAGAGUACCUAUUUGAACGCUGUUUUCUCAUCGUGGCAAAGACAAUUCAUCAACUAAAUGCCAAAACAACAGAGAAAAAGUUCUCCGCUUCCAAGAAAGCAUUGCAAAACUUGAAUGAACAGCUGACGUGUUUACUUACAAGUGUUGUUUAAAAAUAUCAUGUUGUAAUUACAAAUUUACUCGUCAAACGAAAACGGUCCCCAAGGGUACCCUCUGUAGAUAAAGACGCAUUCAAUUUUUUUCUUAUACUACUUUUUUGUCAACUCUUUCUUGUAUGCCACUUUCGUGUUUCUGUAUGCCAUAGUUGUGGUCUGGCUACACACAAGACACUAUAUUCGUAACUUCUACCAAGAGGAGAAGUAUUAAGUUACACUGAAAAAGCUUCGAAGAAAGAAAUUUUCACCAUUUUUUAUUCGUUUUUAAGGAAAGUUCUUCCCUAAAAGCUUUUAACUAUUCGCGUAUUUAGGUAUAUU